AUGGUUUCUGUUGCCUAUAUGGAUCCAGGAAAUUUUAAUGUUUCAGUAUUUGCAGGUGCAGCAUAUAAAUACAAUUUAUUAUUCCUGAUACUACUAGCAAAUUGUCUAGCCAUAUUCUUCCAAAUUUUAGCUGCUAAAUUAGGUGCUGUUACUGGUUUAGAUUUAGCUGCAAAUUGUAAAAGUCAUUUUUCAAGAAGAACUAAUAUUAUUUUAUAUCUUUUAACAGAAAUUACAAUUAUAGCAACUGAUUUAGCUGAAGUUGUUGGUACUGCAAUAGCUUUGAAAAUAUUAUUUGGAAUCCCUUUAUUCCUUGGUGUCAUUUUAACUGUUAUUGAUGUUAUAGUUGUUUUAAUGGCUUAUAGACCUAAUGGCCCAUUAUUUUUUAUUAGAAUUUUUGAAGGGUGUGUUAGUUUAUUAGUUGGUGCUACAGUUGUUUGUUUUGGAAUUCAAUUAUAUCAAAUAUCUCAUGAUAAAUCUAUACAUUUUUCAACUAUUGAAGUACUUAAAGGUUUUUUACCAAAUAAAGAUGUUGUUGAUAUGUCUGAAAGGGAAGGUGGUAAUGGAUUAUUUUUAAGUCUUGCUAUAUUAGGAGCUACUUUGAUGCCACAUUCAUUGUAUCUUGGUUCAGGUUUAGUUCAAGCUAGAUUGAAAGAUUUUGAUGUUAAAAAUGGUCAUUAUCGAGUCAUUAACGAAUCAUCUACUCAACAGGAAGAAAUUGAAGAAAUUGAUCAUGAUAUUACUCCAUUGGCUACCCCAGUUGAACCACAUGGUUUUGAAAAAGAUGAUGAAACAGUAUUGGACGAAGAUGAUGAAUUUUAUAGACCAUCAAUUCAUGCAAUUAAAGAUACAAUGACAUAUACCAUACUUGAAUUAGUAAUUUCACUAUUUACAGUUGCAUUAUUUGUUAAUGCUGCUAUAUUGAUAGUGGCUGGUGCUACUUUACAUAAUAAUAGUAAAAGAGAUGAUGAUGAUGACGAUGAUACUGAUAGUGAUGAUGAAGGUCAUUAUGAGAAUGCAGAUUUAUUUACAAUUUAUAACUUAUUAAGUAAACAUUUGUCACCAACAGCAGGGUUUGUAUUUGCUUUGGCAUUAUUAUGUUCUGGUCAAAGUGCAGGUGUUGUUUGUACAUUAGCAGGUCAAAUGGUUUCUGAAGGAUUUUUAAAUUGGACAUUACCACCAGUUACUAGAAGAUUAAUAACAAGAGGUAUUGCAAUAGCUCCAUGCUUAUUUGUUGUCAGUAUUGCAGGUAGAGAAGGUUUGAGUAAAAUUUUAAAUGGUUCACAAGUUGUUUUAUCAAUUUUAUUACCUGUUGUUAGUGCACCUUUAAUUUAUUUUACUUGUGACAAAAAUACCAUGAAAGUUCCAAUUUUUGAAAAAGAUGGUGAUGAAGAUAUUGAUAUAAUAUUUGAUGGAGAUCAUAUCAAUAAAUAUAAAUUUAAACUGACUGAACCUGCAAUACGUUUAAAGGAUUUAAGAAAUUCACAUCCUUGUGCAGGUUGGGAAGAAGAUGAAGAAGAACAUCAAAUUGGAAAUUAUGAACGGUCUAGAUUAAUUGAUGAUAAUUCGGCUUAUAUUAGUAAUCAACAUUUGAAAAAUCAGCAUCAAAAUCAUCAACAAACACAAGAUCAUGAUAUUUAUCGAGUUAAAGGUUUUAAAGAUUAUAGUAAUGGUCCAAUAACUUCAUUCUUUGCUAUAUUGAUAUGGGCUUUUGUUACAAUUUUAAAUUUAUACCUCAUAGCAAGUAUGUUACUUGGUUAUGAUGUACCAUUAUAG